AUGACGGGUUUUGCCAAUAUGCCAGCGUGCCGCGGGUACUUGCUCAAGGGCGUCUACGAUGCUGCUCCGCUCUCUGCCAUCAGCGUGGGUCAGGAGUCAAGUCCUGUGAGUUUUGAAGAUGGGCUUUUUCUACCCAGCAGCUGCCAUGGCAAAACCUGGAUCCUGGACAACUUUCAGGGAACCUGUGGUGAAACCAGCAGCUGCCAGAUGAGCAACAGUGGACGGGACCUGUGCACAGAGGGCCGCCGUUUGCAAAGUGCCUGCCGCCCCACAGCUGCUCAGGGAUCUGGUUGCAGCUCCAUGUCCUGUGAAAGAACAACUCGCCAGUCGGGAAAUUCCGUAGAAGUGCUGGAGAGCAUUUCUCAGUCUUACCAGUCAGGAAGCUGCCCACCGCGGGGAUUUGCGGGCCAGAGCUGCCAACCUCUGAUCUCCAUGGCCAAGGGCGGGCCUUCCAAGACGCACAUGUCAGAGAGCUACCAGUCAAUGGAAUGUGAGUCUACCAAGUGCCAAUCCCAGAGCUCUACAUCCAGCUCCUGCAGGCCGCUGGUCCGAGGGGCGCCAGGAUCACGACUCCUGGAAUCUUCUAGCACUUACCAGAAGUCUUGCUGUGUCACUGGUGGUUUGUAA